UGGUCCGCCUACUCAGCGGGGACGGGGUCUUUUGCAGCUUGGGCAGUUUGAACGUUUAGCGGAUGUUGAGAGAAGUGUUGUUGGAUUAACGUCUCAGCGAGCGGAAUGUGGCUCAGAUAAAGACAGCAUGGAUUCUAUUUUGAUGAGAUUGAAGCAACUUACCCCGGCCGAACUCAGACAAGAAAUUCUCAAUGCUGGAUUGAACUAUGGACCCAUAACUUUGACCACCCGCUCCAUUUUUGAAAAGAAGCUAGCCCAGGCUUUAUUGGAGCACCAGGGAGGAGGAGAAUCACUUAAACUGCCUGAAUUGACUAAUUAUUCAGCCAAGUCUGAUGAUGACAAAACUUUGUGUAGCCACUCCUCUCACGUUUCUGCCUACAGUUCUACUGCAUAUUCUGACCAGUCCCAUCAAUCAAGAGUUGUUAGUGCCAACAACGAUGGACAUUUUGGAUGUGAUGUGGGAACGAAUCCUCCAGAUGAGGCAUCAUUAUCAAAAGAUGUAGAUGUGAGUGAUUUACAGAAUAGUGCUGAACAGAUGUUGGGAGGGUCAACUGCCUCCCCUUCACUUUAUUAUGGGGUUUGUCCAGUCUGGGAUGACAUAUUGUCCAGGAAUGACAAAGCACAUGUAUAUUUGGAUAAGAAGGAAGCUCUUCAAGCUGUAAAGUUGAUGAAAGGAUCUCGUUUCAAAGCUUUCACAAACAGGGAAGAUGCAGAAAAGUUUGCCCGAGGGAUUUGUGACUACUUCCCUUCACCAAGCAAGUCGGCUGCUUGUGUAUCUCCGUUGAAAGCCAAUAUGAUGUCUAGCAGAGAUGGCACAAGUUCCCUGGAAGUAGAAAGCACCAAUAGGGAGAGAGCCAACAGUUUCAAAAGUCCACGCUCUCAGGACUUAACAUCCAAGCUACGGAAGGCUGUUGAAAAAGGAGACAAGGCCAUCUUUCUUGAUCUUGUGUGGAGUAAUCCACGUUACCUAAUUGGAUCUGGGGAUAACCCUACAGUUCUGCAGGAAGGAUGUCGAUACAAUGCUAUGCAUGUCGUUGCUAAAGAAAAUCAGCCUCAAAUUUGCCAACUUCUACUGGACACUUUGGAAAACCCUGAAUUUAUGCUGCUAAUGUAUCCAGAUGAUAAUGAAGUUAUGCUGCAAAACCGAAUCAAAUACAUAGUUGACCUUUAUCUCAAUACACCAGAUAAAAUGGGUUUUGACACCCCAUUACAUUUUGCCUGUAAGUUUGGACAUGCUGAGGUGGUUAAUGUUCUAUGCUCACAUCCUGAUAUCAGCAAGGUUUCGAAGAACAAGUGUGGCCAAACUCCUAUGGAGGUUAUCUGUGAAAGGAGUAAAAAUAAAUCUGAAGAACUAAAGGAAAAGAUCCGAGAGUAUUUGCAAGAUCGAUAUUAUGUACCAUUGCUAAGAGAUACUGACAACUCCUGCCCACCUGUAAUUGGUUCUCCCUGGUCACCUGAUCAGUCAUCUGACGAGCAUUGUACAUCUUUACCCAGGCACACUGGGAAUCCCAAGGAUCCGGUUAUGGAAGUUAGAGCAUUUGCAGGACCCAUGCCUCCAUCCAAGGCAGAGGAAUUUCGGAGAGUAUGGAAAACUCCAUCUCGAGAGAAAGCAAGUGAAUUUAAAAAGGCAGAUGCUGAGCGAGGCUACGAGAGAGUUGGAAGGGAUUUAGCCCAUGAAAUGGGACAUCCGUGGGCUGAAUACUGGGACUUUCUUGGCUGUUUUAUUGAUCUUGCAGCACCAGAAGGAAUUCAAAAAGUAGAAGACUAUCUGAGUAAAAAAGCUGAACAGGAAGGCGGAGACAUUUAUAUCUGCAAUAGAUUCAGAAGUCCUCCACCAAUUGGUAAAACUAAUAAGUACUGCAGCUCAAUCUCUGAUACUUUUUUGGAUGAUGAUCUAAGUUUAGAAGAAUUAAAAAAUAGACAAAAUGCUGCACUGAAAGUCAGCAUGUCAGUGGUUAAAUCUGGAACCAGCUCUGAUGCCAUUGAAGGAAAUGGAUGCCAUAUACUUCCUGUGCAGCGCUCAACAGACAUUAUUGAUUCUACAAACAAUCUAAGUAAACCUGACAUGGCGAUCUCAGCCAAUUUAAAUGGGGUCUGUUCACCUGUUGGUACUGAAAAUCCUAGAGGGCAAUGUUCUCGUACAUUUACCAUGUCUGGAUCAAAAGAUACCCUUUCCCCUGUUUCUAACCUCAUGGCUGAAUUUGAAAAACUUUCACUCUACGAUGAUGGAGAGAGAAAUUUGCUUUCGGCGAUGAAUGAAGUAACUGGAGAGUUCAUGGGCAGUAAUGUGUCAGGAUUGAUAGCUCAAGAAAAAAACUCUGUGUUUGACCAGGAUGUUCACUGUACUAAGGGUGAUCUAAUUGAGAGUGAUGGGGUGACUGAAAUAGAAACCAAGAACGAAAAUCUGUUACUCAGUCCCGACCCGAAGCAGUCUGUGAUAGAAGAUGGUGAAAUCUCAGAUUUAUUGUCAAUAUGCACAUCAAAGGUAGCAACUUUACAGCUCAAAAAUCAGAAGAACUAUGCACACAGUGGCAGCCAGGCCUAUAGGACAGAGAGUUCUCCUAUUUGGGAGAGGGAGGUUUUUGUGCAUUCUUCAUCACAGGAAUCCAGUGGAUCUCAAGACCAGUUGAACUCGAGGACCACUAUGCAUUUAGAGGACAUCACCAGCAGAUCCCCAGAAGACAUGCAGCACCUUCUUCCCAAGCACACCCCAGGGUCUUUAAGAAGAGGAUCCUCCAAGGCGAUAUUUCUGGUUGGAGAUGGACCAACGAAGCUUGACAGUGAUGUUUUAGCUGCAUUAAAUGGUGUUGAUAUUGAUCCUCAGAUGUUCCCAUGCUUAAGUCAGUGGAAGAGCGGAAUGCAGUUCUACUCUCCGUCAGAAAUGCAGAGUUGGCCAAGCCCUGCUCUUCUAAAAGGGAGACCAAAAAUGCAGACCAUUGCCCAGAGUUCUCCAUGCAGCCCUGGACUCUCCAUUCAUGGGAGAUCUAGUCCACUGUGCCACAGUCCAGGAAAGUUUGGGAGCUCUCCUUACUCAGAGUUUGGAAGCCCAGGGCGAUAUAGUCCAGCCUAUGCCAGCCAUAUCCAGGUGCUGCGACUUCUGCACUUAUCUGAAUCAUCUGAGCUCUAACAUUUGCUGUUGUGAAACCAUUAUGUUGGCCCACUUUACAGGAGGAACCAAUUUUAUAUUUUAAAAAAAUGUAGUUUCCUAAAUAUGUCUAAAAUGUACAAUGGCUGUUUCAUUGUUAAUGUAUUCUUUGGUGUAAAUCAAUUUUCAUUGCAUUUCCUUUUUGCUUGCUGUAUUAUUCCAGGUUCCCUGUUUCUCCAAUGAUUGUUAACCCUGAUUUUUCUGCCAUCUCUUCAUCCAAAUGUGAAUACAACUUCUCUUAUGCCAUGCUGUAAUAAAAUGUUCCCUAUUUGAACUUCCUGAAAAUAGGAAUAGGAGAAAAAGUACUUUAACUUUUCUGAGGACUUCAUGACCAAGGUAGCUCUGAAGAUUGAACAGGAUCUUGGUCUAGGCUGAUGAUGUUAGUAACACUCCCAGCUAUGUGUUUUUUCCCCCCCCGCCCAAUUUAGUUUGUGAAAUUUCAGUAAGAUUCCACUUAUUUUGGGUGGGGGGGGGGGAGUGGGAUUGAAGUGAUGCAGAGGGAGAAUAAAUUAACUUGGCUUUGUUUGUUAUUGCUGGGAAAUACAUCUGUGGGUGUGUUACUGUACAUUAUACUGCAUUGAACUGAAAUGUGCUACAGAAAGCAAGUUCCUAUAACUGAUGUGUAAAAAGGCAGAAAACGAGGUACUGUUGUACAGCAAUGAAUCAGUCUCCCUGACACCUUGUUUGCAUUGGUAUUCUCAGAAUUGUAUUGAAAAUUGUUGCAAGAAGAUUACAUCUGUGACUUUUGCAAGCUUUUUAGUGCCUUUUUUUAAAAAGUACUUUUUAAUUGAGCUAUGGACUAGUAUUACUGUUGCCUUUAAUGUAAUUAAAUGCAGCAUGUAGGUACAGGAUGACUGGAUAAUUUCUAGAGACCAUCUACUGUUCAGCUCCACAUUGUUAUAGCACAGAUUCCUAGGACACAAUGCUAACCUGAAAGCACUUUUCUUGUCCUCAUAUAAAGUGGUUUUACACUGUUGCUCCUACCCCCAUAAGUGGCAGUGGAUUGGUCCUCUGGAAUAUACAAAAGUGUCUGACCUUAUUGCCUCUGACCUUUCAGACUGCCCUCUGGGUUGUAGCAUGUAUUUAUGGUACAUUUCUUACUGUGUAAAUGUGAAAUGAUGACUGGAGAGAAAAAAAAUAAAGAAAUGCAUAAAAUUAACGCAUUUUAAUUGUUACAAAUGGAGUUUCACAUUUUUUAAAGCUGUUGAAUAAUGUAUGAGUGUUCAAUAUGCAAGUUGAUGAAUAGCAUUGAAUAAAUUAGUUUUGUGUGUUAUCAGAAAUGUAGCAAAUUAAAUCAAACAAGUGAUUUGUAAAUUUUUAUAUUGUGGGUUUAUCUGUAUCCUGGUUCGCUCAAUUCUUAUGAAGUGCUUCCAACCUGAAGUGUAGUAUUGAUGCUGUUGUGAUUUGGUAAAUUUCUCACAGUACCUUGAAGCCAAUGACAGUACCUGCCAGUUGAUGAAAAACAGGAGAUUCAUUCUCCCCUACCUGUGGUUAAAAAGAACUUAAAAAUUUAAUAAGUGACCUAGUAUAGGUAGAAAUUUAAUAAAUAUUUCCGUAUGGUGAGUUCCUUUGCUUUUUCGAAAAAGACAGUUGUAAUUAGUGGAACUAUGGAGCAGAAAGCACCUUUGCCUGUUUCUAAUGUUUAUAACUGAUCUGUGCAAAGAAUUCUUAAGCAGCAGAUUUUCUGUAACACAAUGAAUUACUGUUGAAUGUUGUUGAGAACAAAAUCGUAUGAAAUAA